CCAGGAAACAGUUAGAUUACAGUCCCCAGCAAGAUUCAGAUUUCCGUCUAACUUUGUCUUUUGUGUACAGAGCUAUAGUCAGUAUUGAAAAUAUUAAGUGUUAAGCCUCCAGAGUUCCACUGAAAUUGUAUCAUUUGACUUUCCUUUUUCCCCCCCCCACUCAUUUUUUUAAAGAACUUGGACUGUUAAGAAUUCAUGAUGAAGAGCUUUUUUUUGUACCUCUUAGUUGUCUCUGUUCUGUUUAUGAACAGCUUCUCAGAUGUGCAGGGAAGGAAAUGGAAAGGUGAAGGUACAACACAAAACCUGGAAACUAUUGCUGUUGGAAGAUGCUAUGACUAUAUUAGAACUGUGAAUCCAGCUGUUGGCGAGAAGAAUUGUUCAGCGAUAUGGGAAGCAUUUAAAAAUGCAUUUAUUAAUAAGGAUCCUUGCAACAUUCUACCUAAGGACUAUGAAUUAUUUAUCAACUUAUCAGUGCACACAAUUCCACCUAGCAAGUCUCUCUUCUGGGAAAACAAUCAGCUGCUAGUCAACAGCUUUGCUAGCAGAGGCCGUCGCUACAUGGCUCUGGGCGAUACUCUGUUUGGCUUCUUUGUAGAUUUUCUCAACUGGUGUGGGAAGGCAGACAGCGCUGAACUGGACUAUGAAUCCUGCCCUACCACGGAGGAAUGUGAAAACAACGCGGUGGAGUCCUUCUGGAGGAUGGCCUCGAUCACUUACGCACAGCAGAGCUCUGGGGUGAUACACGUCUUGUUGAAUGGUUCUUCAGUUGGAGGAGCUUAUCCAGAACCAGGUUUUUUUGCAGAUUAUGAAAUACCUAAUCUCCAGAAAGACAAAAUCUCACAAGUUGUCAUCUGGGUUGUGGAUGACAUUGAAGGACCAGAUAGAGAGUCCUGUGGAACUCUUACUGUAAAGAAACUAGAAGACAGGCUGGAAACCCUUGGUUAUGAUGUCACCUGCACUGACAAUUACAAGUCUGUAAUGCUCCUACUCUGCCUGGAUUAUCCUGAUGUUUCUAAGUGUACCCUUUCAUCAUCUGCACCAGCAGCACAAAGAGGACCUAUAUCUUCAGACAGAGGAGGCAGCUGGAACAAGCUCACGUUUGUUUCUUUUUCAGGCUUGUUGUUCAGAUUUGCUUUACUGUACUAAGUUAAUCAGCAGAAUCCAUACCCUCUGUUUGCCUUAGCUGGCUAUAAAUUUGGCUCCAGCUAAUUUCUAACUGCAGUUUCAUCCCACUUCUCCAACUGGCAAACCUGCAUAUUAAACCCUGCAUACUUAUAUCUAAAUACCAACUACUUUUAGUAUCAAUUUUUUUUCUACUGCUUCUAGAAAGACUCACCCUUCAUUUCCUUUUCUUGAAUAGAAGAAAUCCAUUGCUAUUUCCUCUCAUCUUUAUUGUCCAUGAUUAAACUGAGAAUAAUGCUUCCUGUUCAUGUAUUUCAGAAAGAAAAGUGAAACUAUGCCUCUCAUAUAUCUCCCACACAGCUUACUUGUUCAUAAAAACAAUCCUAACAUUUGGUCUUGAAAACUGUCUGAUUAUUGUGCUUUGGGAAGGGGAAAUAUUAAUUCAGAUGGGAUAGAGCUUAGAUUUCUCAUUUGGUACAAGAUACAAUAGGUGGGACAGUAGAAAAAUUAAACUCAUUUUCAUAAAUGAUCCAGAACUUGGGCCAAACUUACCUGAAACUGUCAUACAGCAAGAUCCUACCUUGCAUACUUGCAUGCAAUAUUUUACCAUGUAAUAGCAAUGGCUUCAUCAUCCACAUAGAUCUUCUUCAGUUGACUCUUUCUUGUUCAGGAAAGUCACUAUAUGUCUAUACUAUAAAUCACUACAGCAAAUAGUCAGGAAUCCUGGGUCUAGGAAGUUCCGCAGGUUUUCCUCUGUGAUGUGAUGGAUCACCAUGAUGUGAUUUAUGGCAUAUCAAAUUCAGGGGAGAACCUGCCAAGGCAGACAUCUGCCUGCUUGCAGUGAACUCAGCUAGCAUGCUUCAGAAUGUAUUGAGAUGAGAGCAGCUGCCAUCUUGAAAGUUUCUUGAGCUGCUUCUGAAUUCCAGCUAGAUGCUCAUCUAAAACCACAAUGACAUCCAGCUACAAAUACAAAUAAAGAUGACACAUAAAUUUGGGGGGAAAAAUAGUUGUUCUUCUAGGAAAUAAAGUAGAAUUUUGUUGCACAUUUUCUGUUAGCUUCUGAUUUAUUGAUUUGUUUGUGUUAGCUGGUUGUCAGGAAACUGGGAUAGGACCUUCCUCUUAUCUCAGUGCUUCUGAUUUAGGACUCCACAGCAGAGUUAUAUCCUUUCAGUCCUUGGUACAACUAUAUCGUGUGGUAUGUUUGAAAGAUAUCUAAAGAUACCUAACUAUGUUGUUGUUACUUAUUUGUCUGGCUUCCAUUCCUGUAAUAAUCUUUCAUUUGGUUGUAAUGUGAAUCCCUUUAUAUUAUACACAUAGUUGCCUUUGCCUGUGUCACAGCUGGGUUUAGGCUCCAGCUGGAGGUUUCUUGCUUCUGUUUCAGACACUUGGAAAAGUACUGAAAUCAAAAGUUACAAAAUCAAAACCAAAAGUUUGAAAAUCUGGGCUGUAUUAUGCCUCAAAAUUGUUCCCUACUUAUGCUGAAACCUUAGUCCUUUGAUUAAUUCCUUCAACAUCCUCCUAAUUUUUAUUGCUUGUUUGAUGCUGUCCUUAACAGCAGCUGCCAGAAUAAGAAGAGAGGUAUUUGUAACAUGGACACAUCUCACAUAACCAACCCAGGCCGUUUUCAUCAGUCUUUUAUUUGUCCAUAGCAGAUCCCAUCACGACACAUUUUGGAUUGCAGGCUAUGGAGGUAGUGCAUAUGAGGCUCACAGAUUCAUGUCCAAGUCAUCAUUUGGUCUAGACUUGUAUAUUUUAGUGUGUGCAAGAUCCAGUUUAAUCCUAUUAACAAGUCAUGUGCCUCUUGGGCAACUUCCGUCCACAAGCCAAUCUUCCCAGCUGGCCAACUUUUGCUUUCCAGCCUAUGAAAGCUUUCCAGCCUCUGGAUACAAUCCACUCCAGCACUGCAGUCAGUACUGGCCCUUAUGUAGGAUU